GUCCCUUUCGUACAGCAUUUAUACCUACGCACAGACGCGUCAACUCGCGUUUCUUCGGCAAAAUAUGCGCUGCGUGGGACGCAGGGAAAAUCCCAGGCGAUUAUCGUUGCUCGCUGAACCUUCCCGUCCAAUGCUGAAGCACUCGAUAGGCGUAUGUAUCUUUGUUUGCACGAUUAUGUUCGAGCCUACUUUAUCCAAGACGGCCAAGACCAGCAAGCGAAAUAGUGAUUUUCUGCGACGACUUCAGCAUGAAGAUGGUGCGACCAAAGAAAAAGAUUUUCGAGAAGAGUUGUCGGCCACGGAAGUGCCAAGCUUCGGCAACAGGACGUCGCUGAAGAUGUUGGAGGACAUCACAGCAAAGGUGUGGCGAAUCCUGCCUGUGAUUGGCGUACCUAGAAGCUGGGUGCUGGCGUAUUGCAUGAGGUACACCGAGAUUUCCGAAGAAGUGGAAAAGGCGUCUAUGAGCUGCCAGCACGAUGGAACAGAUUGGGACUGUGUUUUCAUUGAAUUGGUACUGGGUGGAGGACAGGACGACUUUAACGUGGGAAAAGUCGUGUCUUUGUUUCACAACCUUUCCAACCGAGAUUUGAGAUUCAAGCUACUCCGUGGAGCCGAAAUCUGUGGCAGAUUAUGGCAACGAUACAAACAAGUCCAAGAAAAACGACUGAUUGGCAUGCGUCUAAGCGUUCGCGAAAAUAGCAGGAGGAAACGAAAUUUGAAAAAGAAUCGACGCACACCCGGCUCGAAAACUCGAAAGCAUUCAAGAAAUAAGAAAAAGGAAGACGAACGGGACGAAGAAUUGAAGAAACUUAGGCAAGCUACCAAGGAAAUAAAAGCAAUUCGUCGAUCGCUGAUCAACAAAAUUGCGGCACUCGAGAAUAAAAAGCCUUUGAGUCCUGAGGAAGAAACGGAACUCGAAAAAUUACAAUUAACAAUGGCGAAGAAGCCUAGCAUAGAAGAAUAUCCCAUAACAGCAGAACGAUCAGAGUUAUCUCGUCUGGAAGAUGUAGGAUCAUGCUUGUCGAGACAAGCUGCGAAAGCUUGCGAAUCCGUUGUUCUCGACUCUGUUCAAAAAUUGGUAUAAACACUUGUAUUAUUGGUAUUAAAAAAA